AUGGAGGUCGUCCGUUAUUUCACGAGUAAUCAGAAACAGCCACCUGCUACGGGGCCGAAGGAUUCGAUCGUCCAGCUCCCGGACAUCCCACCGGUUUACGAGUGCAAUGUCGAGGUAGCGCUCAGGUUCGACUCUGUUCUUGAUCCCGAGAAGCUGCAGCAGUCACUGAAGCGACUACUUGAAAUCGGAAACUGGAGACAGUUGGGCGGCCGUUUGAGACGCAGAGAUACCAAUUCAGAUGCCUGCGGCUAUGACCUUCAUGUCCCCGUUGAAUUCACGACCGAACGCCCUGCGUUUAUCUAUAAGACUUUGGAGUCACCUGCUGCGGUUGACGAGCACCCCGUUGCCUGCAAAAUGCCUCAACCGACCGACCCGAACAAAAUAUUGUUCUACAACGUCCGAGACGCUCUUACGCCCUCCAUGACGCGGACGCAUCACCCAAGGAAAGCGCAGGAGUGGGCUGAAUCUGACUUACCCCCACUGUCGUUUGAGCAGCUCAACUUCCGCGAUGGGACGAUCAUCCUGCUGCUGUUCCCUCAUAUCCUAAUGGAUGCAACUGGAUACGGGCUCUUCCUUAAGGCAUGGACUUGCGUCCUCCAGGGACGGAUGGACGACGUUCCCCAGUGUUGCGGAUUUUCGGAAUCUAUCACAGACAUGUUAUGCCAUAAGACCCCGGCUGAGUCAUUUACGUGGCAUAACCAUCUGUUGAAGGGUCUCGAUCGCUUGAGAUUUACCGCACGCCUUCUAUGGGAGAACAUAUGCGGAAAGGAAGAGCGCAUCAUCCGUGUCCCGGGCAAAUUCAUCACGCAGACACGAGACAAGACCCUCGCCGACUUGUCUACAUCCCAGGAUUCACCGUUUGUGAGUCACAGCGAUGUACUAGUCGCGUGGUUUGUGCGCGUCGUUUUGGCAAGCCUAAACCCUCAGCAUCAGAGAACCUUGGUGUUGACAAACGCCUUUGAUAUCCGCCACAUGCUGCCGCCCGAGCGUGCGUAUCUCCAGAACUCCGUGUUCCUGGCCCAUACAAUGCUACCUGUUGGCGAGGUGGUCUCAAAUCCCGCGAGCUUCCUGGCAAAUGAAAUCCGGCGCAGUCUUGUACGCGAGCGGACCGAGGAGCAGGUUCAAGCCCGCUGUGCCUGGGCAAAAGAUGUUGGAAUCAUGCCGCUUCUUGGGUCGUCUGAUAUGCUUCUCUGCAACGUCUCGAACUGGAGUAAAGGGGGUCUUCUUGAUUUGGACUUUGGCCCUGCGGCUAUUACCCAGCGUCCAGGCCCAUGUGUUCCCUCCAGCAUCCUAAAUUGUAGUCAAAUGCGGGGCGUGACACCGGAAUAUGGUAUAAUUCUAGGCAAGGAUUCUCAAGACGGGUGGUGGAUGCAGUGGCGUUUGUCCAAGUUCUGCUGGGCCAUGAUCGAGCGCGAACUGGACACCAUCAAUCAAACCCGUUAG